AUGCCAACUUUCUGGCACUAUGCCAAGUAUAUCAAUAUUCCAUAUCGGAGCAAACUCGUCGAGAAAAUCGAGCCCGGACAAACGCUGAUCAUUCGGGGAAAAACGAAUGAGGACGCGAAACGCUUCAACAUCAACCUUCACAAGGACAGCCCGGAUUUCUCGGGCAACGACGUCCCACUUCAUAUCUCCGUUCGCUUCGAUGAGGGAAAGCUCGUUUUCAACACGUACUCGAAGGGAGCUUGGGGAAAAGAAGAACGACAGAAAAAUCCCGUCAAAAAGGGAGAGCCAUUCGACAUCCGCAUCCGUGCUCACGACAAUAAGUUCACUGUCUACGUUGAUCGAGUUCAAGUGAAAGAGUUCGAGCAUCGAAUCCCACUUCAACACGUCUCGCAUCUCUCAAUCGAUGGUGACGUCACUCUCAAUCAUGUGCAAUGGGGAGGAAAAUAUUAUCCAGUUCCCUAUGAAAGCGGAAUCGCCGGUGAGGGUCUUGUGCCCGGGAAAACCCUCGUCAUCUAUGGAACACCCGAGAAAAAGGCUAAACGCUUCAACAUCAACUUGAUAAAAAAAAAUGGUGACAUUGCUCUUCAUUUCAAUCCACGUUUCGAUGAAAAGAAAGGACCCGGUUUAAUUUGCGGAAAAGUCGUGCCCGGAGGUGUCGUUCGCAAUUCGCUCAUUUCGGGAGAUUGGGGAAAUGAGGAGAGAGAAGGCAAGAAUCCUUUUGAGAGAGGACACGGUUUCGAUCUCGAGAUUCGCAACGAGGAAUUCGCUUUUCAGAUUUUCAUCAACGGUGAACGCUUCUGCUCGUACGCUCAUCGUGUUGAGCCGAAAGACAUCGGAGGAUUGCAAAUCCAGGGAGACAUCGAUGUGACCGGCAUCCAAAUGGUCAACCAGCAGGAU